GGACAGAGACCACGAAAGAUAUGGACUUCGAUGAUGAGGACUCACAGGAGUACAGAGACGUGCAGAGCACCCUUCCGGACGGAUACACCAUUCGCAAGGUCGCCAUCGACAGGAAAACCGCGCGCAAGUACCGUCUCACAAUAGCCGUUACCUCUGCUGGUGAUGCGGACCGGCUGAAGUGGCGCAGCCGAUGGAUCACAAAGGGGAAACCGCGUGCGCGGCUGGCUUCUGCCGAGCGUGAGUGCAUCGAUGAGCUGUCGCUCUUGACAUGGUUGGACCUUCAGGCAAUGAGCGCUACUGCUGAGGGUGUGCCAAGCGCACCUACGCGCGACGGCAUGCUGCGAGAUGCAGCCCCAGAACCUGGUUCUCUCAAAGAACCUGGCGUUGGAGGCACACGGAAGAGGCCGCGCAACGCAUGUUGGGGUGGCACCAGAGAGGGCGCUGGACGAAUGAAGGGGAGCGUCGGCAAGAGGGCCACACGGGAGCGAGCUAUUGCCUUGCGGCAGCAACUCACGCAGGCCAUCCCCGACGCUUUUGAACUCUCCUGUUGGCAGCUGGAGGAAGCCUUGGCAGUGUGGAAGGAGAUCGAGCCUGAGCUUGUCGACAAGGCCAGGAAGAAAUUCCUGAACAAGGGGUACAGCCAAUCGCAGGCGCUGAAAAAGAUGAAGCGCGCUCGAGAUGCGGAAGCGAGGGUGGUGAUGAGGGAUGUGGUGGCCCACGAUUUUCGUGAAGAGCAGCUGAAGUACUUUGCGAAGGUCAGGAGGGACGCUGCGGUGGUCAUCAGCGCAUCAGCAGUCGAGGAGGAGGAUGAUGUGAGUUUUCAUAAAUGCAAUUAA